AUGUUGGAUGAAGAUUUAAAUACUCUUAUAUUGCUCGACGAUUUUGGAGGUGGUGGUGAUGGUCAAGCAUUUUCUGCUUUAACAAUUAAUACCAAUAAUUUGGUUGUCGUCAAAUUUUAUAAAAACAAUGAUUCAAGUGAAAAAGUCUUGAUUGAUUCAAUUAAUAAAGAAAGUGAAUGUUUGAAUAAAGUUUAUGGUCUGUAUACUUUGGUCACAAAAAUGGCAUCAAUUGAUUGUUUGAUUAUGCCUCACUUCAAAAUUGCUGAUGAAUCAGACUGGAGUAGCAAAAAAUUUGAAGAUAAAGUUUCAAAAGCCUGCAUCAAGUUUGCCAAUCGUGGUUAUUUCCACAAUGAUUUAGACCGCUGCCAUGUAGCAAAAAUGAAAUAUAAAAAUACUACUGAAGUUGUUUUUAUUGAUCUUUAUAGAGUCGAAAAAAUAAAAGAUAAUCAAAAAAAAGAAAAAGCUGAUGCAAUGUUUAAUACUUUAUAUGGAAACUCAACACCACUCGUUCACUAUUCCUCAUCUUCAUCCCCUUCUUCAUCCUCUUCUUCAUCCUCUUCAAAAAGACCACCAAAAAUUAAAGUACAAAAGAAAAGAAAUACGCAAUAUUUUAAAAAAACAGCCUCUUCUAAAAUCCCUCCAAAAUUUAGAACCAAACUAUUAACAUUUCAUACCCCUGAAAAGGAUCCAUCUUUUAAAAAAACUCUUCGUCCUUGGUUAAGUGGUUACACUUUAUUAAUAAUAAAGUUUUUUAAAUCAUUAAAAUUAUAUUUAGAUCAAUGA